AUGGCAGGUUAUGACAAUCCAGUUGACUGGUUGUCCUCUCUACCAGAAGGCCAUGCCGUGGACUGUGUGAUAGGGCAUGGGGCGGUUCUUGGUCGGCAAGUGCAGUUCAUUAAGCGUACUCAUCCUCAUUGUAAGUGGAUUCAGGUCGUUCAUACCUCUCCAGAGGAACUUGGAAUGUACAAAGAAUAUGAAGAAAACAUUUCCAAAGGUGAAAAGAAGCACCAGGUGGAGGUUAAACUCUGUAAAUUGGCUGAUCACGUUGUAGCAGUUGGACCCAAGCUUGCUGAAGCGUUUUCAGGUUACCUUCGUCCUUGUGGAAAAGAUCAAAAUGUUUUCAAUUUUACCCCGGGCAUCUUCUCUGAGUUUUCAGAUGUAAAGCAGGCCACUGAAGAAAGAAACUUUUUCAAUGUUUUGGUCUUUGGGCGUGGUGACAACGAAGAUUUCCAGCUGAAGGGAUAUGACAUUGCUGCCAAAGCCAUUGCUGAGUUGAAAGACAUGACUUACAUACUUGUGUUUGUAGGAGCAACAAGUGGAGAAGAAGAGAAAGUAGCAAAAAUGUUACUCCAGGAAGGCAUUGACCGCAGUCAGCUCAGGGUGCGUUGUUUUAAUGAAAGCAGGAAGAAGCUAGCUGAUUUAUUUUGUGAAGUAGAUCUUGCUAUAAUGCCAUCACGAACUGAGGGCUUUGGUCUUGCUGCUCUUGAGGCUUUUUCUGCAGGCCUGCCUGUGCUGGUCAGUAGGAACUCUGGUCUUGGAGAAGCUUUGAAGAAAGUUGCUUGUGCUUCGAGCUGUGUGAUAGAGUCAGAGAAUCCUAAAGAAUGGGCCGAUGCGAUCAAAGCUGUUCGUCAGAAAGACAGAGAGAUGCGACUUGAAGAGUCUAACAUUGUGCGAGGAGAAUAUGCAAAAAAGUUCAGCUGGAAGGAACAGUGUGAUAAACUUGUAGAAAGGAUGAGAAAUAUCAUUCAAGAAGGUCAGUAUAAAAAGUUGCUUAGCGCCGUUAACCUCUGUAAUACUAAAAAGGUGGUAAAAACGUUGUAUUAUCUCGUACAUACAUGCAAACUUAUCAACAUUUCCAUACGAGCUAUUCUAUGUUAAUUAACAUGUCUCGGAACUUAAGGAAAGAAAAAUUGAAUUGGCAAUAAAAACUUGAAAUUUAUUAAAGACUAAAUUUCUGAAAGAAAUACUCCUCAAGUAAUCUCUUAAAAGUUUUAAAAUUCAUGAUGUUUUUCAGUGGUUUAUCUAAGUUUUCGUUGCUCAGUAUGAAAAAGUUCUUUGACCGCACACAGUACGAUACGUGGGGAUGUUUAUAUCCGUACUGUUCUGGUGGAACGACUGUGUAACUGACUUCUUCUGAUAAAUUUCUCUCAUAAAUAGUAAGGUGCCAAACCAUUAAGGCAUUUGAAUGUUCAUGCGUUUUUAAAAAGAAGACGUUCUUUAGUGGGGAGCCAUUUCAACUCACGUGGAGCCGGAGUAAUGACAUAUGUAACACGGUUUAUUUGGCACUACUUGGCUGUGCAGGAAGCUGAUAACUGAUGUAUAAUUAUGCUAAGCCAGUGCACCAACCAGGGUCUUAAAAUUAGCUGGUAAGAUCUACUUAAAUGAGGACAAACAAAAAAUACCUGCCAAAUUUUUCUGCCCAGUGGAAAAUCGUUCGACCAUCCCUGUACGGUACUUGUAAACUGGAAUAGACCUCCCCCCGCCCGCCCUUCGGAAGAGAACCUUGGACACUGUUGGAGAGACCGGGAGUGUGAAAUUUGAAGUUUCAUUUUCACAUGAACAGCGUUAUCUAACGCUAAAAUGAAACUCGUGACAACACCCAUGAGUAAUGAAGGACUCAAACUUGUAAACAGGGAUUUUGAAACAAAACUUGGCCCAUUGUCUUGCUAUACCUAAAAGCUAGAUACAAAACGAUUAUAAACCGCAUAUAUACAUUAGCCUCAUAAAACAACAGCCUUUUAUCAAGAAGGAGGCCUCCCUUUGCACUUUUUUUUUAUAAUACAAAUGUCUUAAUAUGGGCGAGUGGGAUAUAUUACUCUCGAAGUAGACCUAGGAUGCUUUGUUACAGAACUCAGAAAGCGCCAUGAACUUGUAGGUGAAGAACUUGCAGUCUUGCAUUAUCACAUUGAAAACUUGUCCAAGUGCUAAUUUAUGUCAAUUUGCUCUCUCCUUUACUAAAGUAAAAACCAUCUGCGGUGAAUUUUCAUUUUUUAUUUAGUUAUUUAUUUAUAUACUUAUUAGUUUUUUUAUUUUUGACUUUCAGAUGAAAGUAUUGACAUCCGACUUGACUGUUACGCCCGGAAACAAGUAGGCACUUCAUUGCCCCAAAAUGUCAGUCAGGAGGAAAAUGCCGUGAAUGAAAGAAUUCCCUCUUCACAAGAGGUUCUGAAUCAUAUUGCAAAUAAAUAUCUUCGGAACAUCAACCCCUCAAAUCUAGAGGAGUUAAAUGGUUUUCUUCGGUAUAUGAAAGAGGCGCGCAAAGUUUUAAUUGUUGAUGUCAAGUCGGGAAGUUUGAUAAUCAAAGUGCAAGCUAGUUCGCUGCAUAUUCUUGAUGAAUUGUGGAAAGACUACCGCACAGGCCAUCUAACUGAAGUGGCGCAGAGGUAUCUUGUGACCGAGGACAUUCUAAAAGAGAUGGGUCUUGAUUCGGUGCAACUUACGUUGACUAUCAACGAAGAGGAGUACAAAGCCUACCGAAAGCACUUGUUAAGAAGUGAAGGUGGGUGCAAAAAAAUUCUUUGACGCCUAGUACUUUUGACUUGAAAUAAAUUGAGGAAACCCCUUGAAACGAGUUCGCCCUUCUUUCCAUUUUUUUCCACGACCACACAAGUGAACUGCCAUAGCCACAAUCAUGCCGUCAAUCUGUUUCUUAUCUGAACACUGCACAUUACUACAAGAACGUUUGCCAAAAAGGUUUGCGUUCUGAGUAUAAGGCGAUGUUUUAAAAGUUAAUUUCUAUACCGUUAAAUUCCGAGAGUAAGGAGCCUCGUCACUUUCGCUUUUGGAACUCUUCCAUUUCGGGUAGAAAAAAAGUAAUAAAGUUGAGGCAACUGAAAAAACUGCCCUAUACAGCAACUUUGACCCAUUGCCCACCUACACAGGUAUUUUUUGUCUUGUCACACGAUCCUUGCUAAUGGACAUCGCCAUCGGGUGACAAGCUAAGGGACGUCUGUGUAAGAGGCUGACCGAGUCUAAGCUAGCACCUCAAAUGACCAACAUUUUACACUGUUUGUAGAGUGGAAGUUCUUCCUGCUACCUUCUACUGCUUAUCUUUGGCUAAACAAUUGAAUUUAAAUUGAACGUCUUACUGUUUUGGAGAGUUAUAAGAAUUUAAUAUGUUUUACCUCCAUGAGCACAUAGUUAGCAGACCUGACGUAGCUGCCAGAGAACAAGGCUCAAUAUACACACACCUGAAAAUCAUAAAGCAUUUGCUGUUUAAUUCAAGUUGGAUAGUAUGGUGAGGUUUGUGGUCGACCAUUGGACCAUAGUGGCGGCAGUUCUGGCAUGAUUAUCAGCAACUUAAAUUGCUGGAUCAUGGUAACAAGUAUACUAGUUAUUAUUAUGAUAUUAUAUUAAGGAUGCCCAUGAGCUGUACCUUGUCUACGUGGAGUGCCUGUCCCGGUGGCUUGGUCCAACAGAUCCGGUGGUGGGGGGGCAGGGGGGGUGUAUCUUUUUUUGUUCCGUUGCUGUUCCACAAAUUAACUUCUCUUACUUUCAGUGCAAUUUUAUUUCAGUCAUCAGCUUCAACCUCGAAGAGAACCAAACGAGAUGGGUCGUGAUCGGGAUUUGCCUGAACAGAGUUAACUUGACUCGAUAUCACACUCCCUCAUUUGUAGACUGGAAGAAGUGAAGUCGCCUUGUAUUGAAUAGGGAUUUUAAGAUCCGAGGACCGCGGCGGCAGCGUAUACGUCGCUUAAAAAGAUUUCGCGUUCUCUCAAUCUUCAUCGUAAUUAUUCCAAUUCACAUACUGAAUUGUCAAAACUGGGAGAACUCUCCUAGAUUUGAAUUCCUAAGAACCGUACCCAAGUUCAGAAGGAAAAAGAAAAUUUCGUCGUCGCUUGUUUACUUCCUCCAUUUAACGUGAAAUUAGGCAUUUUCACGUCGUAGUCGUGCAGUGACCGUAGAGAAAUGUACAAGAAAUUGUAAAGCACGUUUUGCUUUUCUAACGUUCUUGUUACGCCGCAAAAUGUAAUAUUCACCGCAAAUUGUAAUACUAACGCAAAACGUAAUAAGAAUCGCUGCAAAAUGUAAUAACAUUGACGCAAAAUGUAACACAAUUUUCACCACAAAAUGCAAUAGUCUUUCAGCGCAAAAUAUAAGCUCAGCUCAAGCACAUCUACAGCAUUCAUCUGAGUGCCACAAAUGAACAUCAAAUGCGCGUUCUGCACUACUGCAAGUACGUCUCCAUUUUGUAAACUCAGUGAUUUAACUACACGACAGCUAAUAAGCAACAGAAAAAUAGUUAUAUACUUCAAAUUCUUUGUUUUAGGAAUUCGAGGGCCCACUAACAAACAGAAAAACAGCGGGGGGGCUUUUGCAUGUAUUGAUUUGUUCAGUAGUUUACUCUGUUGUUAUUCUUACCGUGGAAAUUUUUCUUUAUAGGCUUACAGCUGUCCAUGGGCUACCCUGUGGAUAAAGAUUUGUUGAAGCUUAUCAGUGUUGAAGUUAACAACGUGGAAAAAGAAGCGGAUAACAUAAGGCAAUCCAGGACUGAUGAAGCCAACAAGGUAAGUGCUGCCCUUCCAAUUAUCAGAGACGAAAUUGCUAACUUUGAUAAGCGAAUUAUUGAAAUUGAAGGAAGGAUAGAGGAAGAGCAAAAGGAACGGUUAGAAAAAGAGGAAGCUUUAUCAGACGCAAUUGCAGAUAUUUCAAGCGAUUUAGCAGAAGUAGACCAACGUGUAGGAGUUAAUGAUAGAGACAUUUGUCAGUUAAAAGAUAAACAAAGUAAUUUAGAGACCACUGUAUCGUCUGUAUCUGCAGACAUAGGAGUUGAAGCACUAGAAAAAGGGACUUUUAAGACGGCAGAUGUUCAGAUUUUUGAAGUGGCCAAGCGCAAUAAUUGCUUUUGUGGUCGCCAAAUUGAACUAGAGACACUUGCAGCGCAUCUAAAAAAUACCCAAAAUGGUUGUAUUGAUUCAGCAAUUUGUGGUCUCGGUGGUGUCGGUAAAACGUCUCUCGCUGUAGAGUUUCUUUCGCAAAAUGAUAGAGAAUAUCCAGGGGGUAUAUUCUGGAUUUCGGGACAAGAUAAGUUUUUUCAAAGGUCCGUCAAUAAGAUGGCGCGUCAAAUUGGAACGAUCGAAAACGAUUUUCAUAACUCCUUGUCGACAACCCUUGAUUGGCUUAGGAAACGCGAAAAACUGUGGUGUUUAGUCGUCGAUAAUCUUGACGAAUUAGAAAUGUCGGAAGAAAUGCGUGAACUGCUUACGGGUAGCUGGAAAUAUAUGGCUCGCGGUCACAUCAUCAUAACAACAAGAAGGAAAGUUUCAGAAAUUGGAGAAGCAACAGGAAUUGACGAGCAGUGUUGUAUUGACUUAAAAUGCUUAACAGAAGAAGAAGGCAUUCAGUUCCUACAGCGACGAACAGGCCGCACAGAUGAGGGAGAAGACAACGACUUGCGUCAACUGGUCAGAGAACUUGGAGGACUGCCGUUAGCUCUUGAUCAAGCUGGGGCCUUUAUACGAAAUGUUAAACAGUCCAUAAAAGAGUAUGUGAAGAAAUACAAGAAGCAGAGGAUGCGUCUCUUGAAAAAGACAAAAGCCCGACAUUUGGUGGAAAACACCUCUUCGGAGCGGCUAGCAGUCCACUCAACAUGGAUGUUGAAUUUCGAUCACAUCAGUCGCAUGUCAGAAGAGAUGGACCUUGGAGAAGUUCCUACUCUGUUUAUGCAAGUUUCUGCUUUUUAUUGCCCAGAUGAUAUUCCAUACGAACUGAUCAAUGAAGGGCUACAAGACGAAGGCAGUUCUGCGGAGGAUAAUGGUAUGUCGGAUGAAGCAGCUGAAAUAGUUUCUCUUCUAACUAAAUUUUCUCUAUUUCAGAGAUACGGGACAGACUCUUUCAGUGUUCAUCGUUUAGUGCAAGAAGUGAUUCGAAGCCAGCUGCAAGAAGAACAAACUCGGUUCAAUGUUCUCUCACGUGCAGUACGGGCCCUUCACCAUGCGCUGAAAAAUACUCGGUCGCCGCCUGAAGUGUGCCGAAGUUUUGUUGAAGACGCUGUUUUUAGCGUCGAGAAUCCCCCUUCGUUGCAGUUAUGGGCUAAAUUGGCCUCGCAUGCCACCUAUUUGCAAGAGCAUUUGUCUAAUUUUUCAGUCAAUCAUGGAGCAGCAGCCCAUAAGUUGCUGUAUACAGAGGAAACCGUGCGUGUUUUCAACGAAGCUGGAAUCUUUUUCAGUGUGUCCCAAGAGAAAGUCAAAGCUCUGGAAGUACAGAAACUAAAACUCGAAUUCCUGGUGAGCCUAACGAACUCCACCGAAGACUACAGCGCAAAACUGCCAAACUAUUUUAUUGAUAUCCCAUUAAAUGACAGAGACUGCAAGCUAAUAUCCCAUUGCAUGAGGCAACCGGCCUCGGACGGUGAUCUUGAGGAUGAAGCAGAUUCUGUUAAAAAAGAAAGGCAGGAAAAGGUUGACCAACUCAGAGAGCAAGGAAAUAUUGCAGUAAAAAAUGAGAAAUAUGAAGAGGCCCUUAAUCUUUAUUCCAGCGCCAUUGAUUUGACUUCCCAUGACCAUCGACUCUUCGCCAAUCGCGCUCUCUGCUAUAUGAAACUUAGCCAGCCACAACAAGCUUUAGAUGACUGUGAAAAGUGCCUCUUAUUAUGUCCCCGUUACAGUAAGGCAUUACAACGCAAGGCUUGGGCUCUCCAAAAACUUGUUGAAAAUGGUUCCUUUCACCUUGAAGGACAAAAGAUGGCCGCAUUGGCAGUAGCUAUCCAAAAUGAACCCAGUCUUGGCAACGAGAAAGGGUUUUGGGAAACGUUUCCACGAGUAAACGCGCCGUUCAGAGUAAUAGAAAAUGAAACGCAGUUGACAUUUGUUUUAAUGACGGCACAAGGUACUCUGCUUCUGAAGGAAGGUGUGUAUAAUUUAAAGCGCUUCAUUAUCUUUAAAGAUUUACAAAUUGUUGGUCUUGGAAAAGAAGUGGUUUUACGUUGUACAGAAUGCUGUCUUAUUUCCUCUGCAAAGUGUUAUUUUGAGAAUAUUGUGUUUCCUAAAGGAAACAUUGGCCUAGUUUGCAAAGGCAAAGAAGCGGCCAUUCAUAUGAAGCACUGUCAAAUUUCAGGGGGUGCAACUAGUUGUGAGGACUAUCCAGAAUGCAAUGGUAGUGAAGGAUGUAUAGCAGCCUCUUUAGGAAAACCUGUUUGCGAUCGCACAGGUAAGUUUGGAGACUCUGAAUCAAAGUCCGGUGUUGUUGGUUUUCCCGGAGUUCAAAUCCACGAAGGGAGCUUUGCUCUCAUUGAAGAAUGUGCAAUUCACGACUGUGGUGGUGGUGGCGCUCUAGUCAGUGGCAAGGGUUCUCGCAUGGCUGUCCAUAAAUGUGAGGUGUGCAGGAAACACCAAGCUGGUCUAGAGGCAAGAGAAAGCGGAACUCUUUCUGCCUCUCAGAACAAGAUAUUUAGUGGUGGUUUCCAUGGUGUCCUUAUCGGCCCAAAUGCAGGAGAAUGCCUAAUCACUAGGAACAAGAUAUUCGAAAACGCAAAAGAGGGAAUCUACGCCUGUAGCAACGAGAAUAAAAUAGAAAUAUCCGAAAAUGAUGUACACCACAACAGGCCUUUUGGCCUUUCGCUGGAUGGAGAUUCUCACCUUGUCAUCAGGGAUAACAAGAUAUUCGAGAAUGGAUUCUGGGGAAUCUUGGCAAAAUCGCGAACUUCAGCCGUGAUAAAAGGAAAUAUCAUAUCUGGCAACAAAUGUGGCGGGAUUUUCAUUGGUGUUAAUUAUUCUGCACGGGUUCAUCUGGAAUCAAACACUGUGCGAGACCAUGGCGGCCCGUGGUUAGAGUAUCAACAGGGUAGUUUUUCCCUUGAUACUAUCUUACUUAAGGGGGACUCAUCUUUUCCGGGUCUUCCUCCUGGAGAAAAACAAAUUUAUACCAACCCACCCAUCCUAGUCCGAAACAAGGAAUAUAACAACGAGGAAGGUAUGUAUCACCCCAAAGAGGUAAUCGAGCGAUUUUACAGUGGUUGCACUUUUUGUCGUCGCUCACGAAGUGAAGUAAGUCCCUCAUGAAGUGUCCUACUUGUCAUAUUGCCUCGUAUUGCGGCAGAGAAUGUAGAGAAAAACAUUUGGCCACACAUAAGACAUUAUGUAGCGCCUUGAAAAGUCGUUAUUCUGUAACGGUCAAAACCUUUUCACUAUUAAAUCCAGGCUAAGGAGGGACAGCUUUGGUUGGUUGUGGUCGGCCCUCUGGACAAUCUCCAUUGAGGUAGUAUUUGAACAAAAGUCUAAGGGCCCUAAAUUUCAACACAAUAAGAAGGGUAUUAUCCACUGUUCUCAUUGCUCCAGCUAAUAACUGUUCCAGCGCUCCCACGUUACUCAGGCGGUUUUCACCAGCCGCCAUCUUAUACCAUUUAAAAGCUUCUUCGAUGUUUUCGUCCACGACUCCUUCAACUCCACAUCGAUACAUUUCUGCAAGAUUGAUUUGCGAAUUUGUGCACCCCAAAUUCGCAGCCCUAUUGUACAUCUUGAAAGCCUUCCGUUGGUAUGGCGGCGUUCCUUUUAAAUCUAGCGCUUCCCCAAGUUUUCCAAGAAUGUUUGGAUCUUCAUAACCGUUUUCGACAGCACUGCUUAACCAGUAUAUUGCCUUGUCGAUGUCCUUAGGCAGAAAAUCGCCUCCUUCAUAGUAAGCCAAAUCCAGGUGUUGUUGGGCUAAAAUAUCACCAUUCUUUGGCUUUGUCGAAUAAAUUUUUGAUGGAGCCAUGUGUUUGCAAGCAAUAUUGUUGAAAGUUGAAAUUGCUGGUUUUGAAAAAAAUCAUGACCUGACAUCGUAAAACCAAAAUGGUUGACUGAAAGAAAUCUCAACAAACGUCGUCACCAGGGCUUCUCUGCACUCACGAUCUCCUUGGACACCUUUUGAUGUAUACACAAGGUAAUUUCUGACACUGGCGUCAGAUGUCCCCUCACAACUGAAUCGACGAUCCGGUUUCCGUAAAAGGGGACGAAAGCAGUUCCAAAGAUACUCGGCUCGAGAAUUUAACUCGAGAAUAUUCUGACAAAUAUUUGCAAUGGAUUAACCACGGGAAUUACACAUGAAGCGUCUAGAUUGAUGUGUUGGCACAGGGUUGGAUAAGAUUCAGUUUGACGAAAACUAAAGACGUGACCAUACCAGGGAAAAAUCUGACAGAUGUUAUCUACACUCUAAAUCAGAAAGAUCUGUUUUAGCCCUAAAAACAGGGCCGUUUCGGUGAGUAAAAUAUAGUCCUAUUUUUGGGUCUAAUUUGGCUCCCUUAAAUCAGGGCCAAUACAGUCCAAUUAGCUAGGGCUGAUUUAGUCCCAGGGCUGAAAUGGGCCCUACCGUGGGCUGGAAUAGCCUUUUCAUUGAGCUUUUUUGGCCUAAAUUGUGUUCAAAUGGCUCCAAGAAGGGCUGAAUCAGACUUUGGCCUGCAGGGCUGAAUUGACACUUUGGGGCUGAAACAGAUCUUUUUAAUUUAUAGUGUAUUUAAACCAGUCAUACUGUUGGUUUCUCAAAGGAGAAAAUGUUCGUUCCCAUGUCCAGCUAAUCCAGUAGUUCGUUCCAAUUCAAUUCUUACAGUUCCACUCUUUCUCGAAACUUCAGGGUGAAUGAGCGACGUUUAGUUUUCCGGGAAACCACCCUGAUUGGGUGGUUUUCGUAUUAUUUUAUUGUCUUGAAGGAGCAAGUUUAGUUUCUCUUUUCGCACUCGACAGCAUUUUGGGCAACUCUUGAAAGACUUGAAUUAAUCCUCGGGUCCUCGAAAGCAGAUCAGCAAACUCUAGAGGAUCGUUCUGUCCGGGGUUCUGUCCCGGCGUCCCGUCAACAGCCGUAAGUUUGAAGCUUACUUUAUUCAACAAAUCGAGACCUCAGUCGCUUCGUACUAUACAGCUACAAUUCACCGACACAUCUGUGAUAUAAACACGUAGAUUUCCCAAUUUCUAAUCCUAGAAAAUCGAGAACACAAAUGCUCUACGAUCGCAGAGUGACAGACUGUCUAUAAAACAACUGUAAGUUAUAUACACCUUAUAUUAUUGCUUGUUUUUCAAAUAUGACUGAAAAUAGGUGAGGCGUAACGGGUACACUGCCUCCCACGCUCAUAUACAAAUCGAAUGAUGUUAAAAAAUGGCCUGAUGAAAGUUGAAUUAUAAUCAAAAGAUUAUAAUUGUACCUGAGUACAAAACAGCUGAUGUAAAAAUCUUCGUCCAGACGUAGGCCAUGGAUGGAGACCGAGCGAUGUGCCUGUUGAACUGAUUUCCCUAUAAAAUAUUCAACUUAAGCUUCUUGAUUGAAAGUGGUUUGUAAUUCCUAUAUACCUGUUGAUUGUAAACCAUUUAUGAAAAUUCUAUUAAGCAUUCAAGAGUGAAAGUUAUCCAGAUAGUUAUGAAUAACGGUAUCCUAAAAUCUAAAUAGACGUUAUUAUUAUAUUGUCAUAAAACAUUAUAUUGGUUCCUCGUUCACCCUUCAUCUCUCAAUGGCCAAGUAUAGUAAACCUUAUUAAACGUCGCGGCCAUUAACUUAUGGUAGGAUUUUAUGAACUAAAAAUGUAAGUAUAAGUCUGCGAACUUUUGGGGACAGUCAAAAAAGAGCUACUGAUUUUGUAUUUGCCAAUCCUCGAUCCUCGUUAUAUUAAACGAAAUUCGCCAUUUGCGCAUCUCCCACAAUACCUUGUUUGCCCCCAACCCCCCAAAAAAAAAAAAAAAAAAAAGAAAAAAAUUGCAUGGGCAUUGUCUGUUUUUUUCUCUUGGGACCAUAAAUAAUAAAAAAAACAGUCAGCGAAUAUCCAUUCACACUGCUGGAAAGAGCUCCUUAUAAAUACCUUAUGCUAGCGAAGAUAUUGCUCCUCAGAGCUGAGAAAUUUCACACUCGAACGGUCACAUUUGUAUGGUAGGAGGCAUGAACUUGCCCACCACCAUACAAUAUAUGUACUGUGUUUAUUUAUUUAUUUAUAAUUAUAUUCUUGUAAAUUCUUUUAGUUGUCUACAGUAGUAGAAAUAAACUGUUGUUGUUUUUUGUCUGUAAAAUAUGGUGACUGUGACAUUGAAACUUACAAGUGUCUUUGAAGGCGUCCUCUUUAGCCGUGUUGGCGGAUUUUCGCUUACUGGUCCCAGUCGAAAGUUAAAAAAAAAAAACAAUGCAAGAGUCAAUUGUAUCACUGCUGAAAAUGCCAGGACUGCAAAUAGCCAAUCAGAUUAUAGUGAUCUACAGUGGUUGCUUUGAAAUAUUUUAGGUCGUCAUGGCAAUGGGAGGAGCAACUGGUGGGCGCGUAAUCAGGUUUGUGCCACCAAUACCGCCAGGUACUCCUGCUGCACCCACUGUUCUGACUGGACCUCCAGCUGCUGCUGGACCUGGUAAGAGGAGUCAAUCAUCAGCACUAAUACAUUUCUUAAAAUGAACUAACCCUUUAUACAGACUGCCACAUAUGGAACAGUAUAUUAAUUUAUUGCUUGACGCCUUUGUCAGCCAUUGAUUCCUGAAAAGGGCAAAACAGCUGUUCAUGGAUGCCAUGGGGGCCAAUUGCCCCUGCCGUAUUUAAUGAUUUUCUUUGAAACGGCUAUUUUUUUUCCUGAAAACGGCUGUUUUGUAUUUCACAAGUUAGGUGAGUCAACCUCUCUUUGAACUGUUCUUAUUUUAUGCCAUAUUCUUUCAGUCACCAGUUUUGACCUUGAAAAGAAUCAAAAGAGAUGGGUUGUGAUCGGGAUUUGCUUGAACAGGCUUCUGUUGCCAGUCGUCAGGGAUUUUGUGGCUCAAGAAAUUCCGAAACACUACGCAUCCCUGAAGAGUACACAUGGAAUUGACACUCAGGUCUAUGGAAGACAUAAGACUCAUGAUGGGCCAUCUCAGCUGAACUAUGGAAGCAUCAACAAUAACUGGGGGAAUUUUAAGAAAAAAUUGCGUUCAUAUGAUUACAAAGUUGGAACAGCUGAAGACUUGGCUAAACUUUAUCUUGAGCCACAUAUGGCCAAGUUUACAGGUUAGUGAGUAAAUUGAUUUUAAAAUCAACAUGUGAAUUUUCUCAACCAUUCUGAAUUGAACCAGUUAUGAGAACUGGAUCGGGUUUGCGGUAUGAAGUCUGCUCUCUCUUUCCGGACACCCUGUGAUAGGGGAACUUCAGUAAAGUUGGUCCCUGCAGUUCUUCAUUUUCUUUGAAGUUUUCUAAAACAGCCACCUAUUUUUCUCUCAGUGAUGUAUGUAUUGGAGAGGGUCAACCGUAUCACAAUUUCCUUCCAAUCUAAAGCCAAUCUAAAGGAGUUAGAAAAUUUUUUUUGAUUUUUAUGCAGCCCCUGUCUAAAGUAGCGAUUAUUGUAUUGCUCAUAUAAUAGGUAGAAUUGUCUACCAUGUCAAUAAUGAGGAAGCAACUUUUUGCCGUACUGGUUAAAGGGCGAUUUUCACUAACAAAGGAGUCGCUUUUGCUUGCAACUCUAACGAUCUUGGUUUUAGUAGAAUGUGAGCGAUGCUGUAUUAAGCAGAAUAGUAACUUCUGUUUACGACUCGGUGGGUUUAAUUUUCACUAGAUAGUAACGCUCUACGCUUCUGAUUACGACUACGACUUAGUGGCUAGUGGAAAUCAGCCAAAAGAAAAUCUGGAUUACGUUUGAUAUUCAGACUUUUUUUGUGUGUUUUAUAAUUUUUGGUUUUUGGAGGGCGACUACUUUAACUCUCAUUUGUGUGUUUAAACCAUCGACUCUUUUAUUCCCGUUGUAUCAACUAAGAUGAAAACGCAAGAUAGAAAACAAUGUAUCAGUUGAGAAACUGACUCAUAUCUCACUCCAACUUUUAUUGAUUUGUAGGGUUUGAUAACACAUGUGACCUGAAUGCAGUGUUGGGGAUUCUGGAGAGAGCAUCUGUUUUUCACACUCGUAUCCAAACCAAUGCCAAAGAUGUGCGCACCAAAGUGAGAAAUGAGUGGGGACACUGCAAUUUUGACCACUGGACUGACGCGGAGUUCCAGAACAGUUGUCAGCUGAUGGAGAUCAUGGUUCGAUCACUGGGGCUCGCAAAAGCCGAUGAAGACAAGCAACUUGAUGAGCUUCAUCACUGGGAAACAACGGGUAAGUAACUGGUCCGUUCGGAUGCGUCAGUUAACUUGACUCGAUAUCACACUCCCUCAUUUGUAGACUGGAAGAAGUGAAGUCGCCUUGUAUUGAAUAGGGAUUUUAAGAUCUGAGGACCGCGGCGGCAGCGUAAACAUCGCUUAAAAAGAUUUCGCGUUCUCUCAAUCUUCAUCGUGAUUAUUUCAAUUCACAUACUGAAUUGUCAAAAUUGGGAGAACUCUCCUGGAUUUGAAUUCCUAAGAACCAUACCCAAGUUCAGAACGAAAAAGAAAAUUUCGUCGUCGCUUGUUUACUUCCUCCAUUAAACGUGAAAUUAGGCAUUUUCACGUCGUAGUCGUGCAGUGACCGUAGAGAAAUGUACAAGAAAUUGUAAAGCACGUUUUGCUUUUCUAACGUUCUUGUUACGCCGCAAAAUGUAAUAAUCACCACAAAUUGUAAUACUAACGCAAAAUGUAAUAAGAAUCGCUGCAAAAUGUAAUAACAUUGACGCAAAAUGUAACAAAAUUUUCAACACAAAAUGCAAUAGUCUUUCAGCGCAAAAUAUAAGCUCAGCUCAAGCACAUCUACAGCAUUCAUCUGAGUGCCACAAAUGAGCAUCAAAUGCGUGUACUGCACUACUGCAAGUACGUCUCCAUUUUGUAAACUCAGUGAUUUAACUACACGACAGCUAAUAAGCAACAGAAAAAUAGUUAUAUACUUCAAAUUCUUUGUUUUAGGAAUUCGAGGGCCCACUAACAAACAGAAACACGGGGGGGCUUUUGCAGGAAUUGAUUUGUUCAAUAAUUCACUGAGUUGUGAUUCUUACCGUGGAAAUUUUUCUUUGUAGGCUUACAACUGUCCAUGGGCUACCCUGUGGAUAAAGAUUUGAUGAAGCUUAUCAGUGUUGAAGUUAACAACGUGGAAAAAGAAGUGGAUAACAUAAGGCAAUCCAGGACCGAUGAAGCCAACAAGAUAAGUGCUGCCCUUCCAAUUAUCAGAGACGAAAUCGCUAACUUUGAUAAGCGAAUUAUUGAAAUUGAAAGAAGGAUGGAGGAAGAGCGAAAGGAACGGUUAGAAAAAGAGGAAGCUUUAUCAGACGCAAUUGCAGAUAUUUCAAGCGAUUUAGCAGAAGUAGACAAACGUGUAGGAGUUAAUGAGAGAGACAUUUGUCAGUUAAAAGAUGAACAAAGUAAUUUAGAGACCACUGUAUCGUCUGUAUCUGCAGACAUAGGAGAUUUAAAAAAGGGGCGAAGUCGUUUGGACGCUAGAGUUGAAGCACUAGAAAAGAGGAAUUUUAAGACAGCAGAUGUUCAGAUUUUUGAAGUGCCCAAGCGCAAUAAUUGCUUUUGUGGUCGCCAAAUUGAACUAGAGACAAUUGCAGCGCAUCUAAAAAAUACCCAGAAUGGUUGUAUUGAUUCAGCAAUUUGUGGUCUCGGUGGUGUCGGUAAAACGUCCCUCGCUGUAGAGUUUCUUUCGCAAAAUGAUAGAGAAUAUCCAGGGGGUAUAUUCUGGAUUUCGGGACAAGAUAAGUUUUUUCAAAGGUCCGUCAAUGAGAUGGCGCGUCAAAUUGGAACGAUCGAAAACGAUUUUCAUAACUCCUUGUCGACAACCCUUGAUUGGCUUAGGAAACGCGAAAAACUGUGGUGUUUAGUCGUCGAUAAUCUUGACGAAUUAGAAAUGUCGAAAGAAAUGCGUGAACUGCUUACUGGUAGCUGGAAAUAUAUGGCUCGCGGUCACAUCAUCAUAACAACAAGAAGGGAAGUUUCAGAAAUUGGCAGAGCAACAGGAAUUGACGAGCAGUGUUGUAUUGACUUAAAAUGCUUAACAGAAGAAGAAGGCAUUCAGUUCCUACGGCGGCGAACAGGCCGCACAGAUGAGGGAGAAGACAACGACUUGCGUCAACUGGUCAGAGAACUUGGAGGACUGCCUUUAGCUCUUGAUCAAGCUGGGGCCUUUAUACGAAAUGUUAAACAGUCCAUAAAAGAGUAUGUGAAGAAAUACAAGAAGCAGAGGGUGCGUCUCUUGAAAAAGACAAAAGCCCGACAUUUGGUGGAAAACACCUCUUCGGAGCGGCUAACAGUCCACACAACAUGGAUGUUGAAUUUCGAUCACAUCAGUCGCAUGGCAGAAGAGAUGGACCUUGGAGAAGUUCCCACUCUGUUUAUGCAAGUUUCUGCUUUUUAUUGCCCAGAUGAUAUUCCAUACGAACUGAUCAAUGAAGGGCUACAAGACGAAGGCAGUUCUGCGGGGGAUAAUGGUAUGUCGGAUAAAGCAGCUGAAAUAGUUUCUCUUCUAACUAAAUUUUCUCUAUUUCAGAGAUACGGGACAGACUCUUUCAGUGUUCAUCGUUUAGUGCAAGAAGUGAUUCGAAGCGAGCUGCAAGAAGAACAAACUCGGUUCAAUGUUCUCUCACGUGCAGUACGGGCCCUUCACCAUGCGCUGAAAAAUACUCGGUCGCCGGCUGAAGUGUGCGAAAGUUUUGUUGAAGACGCUGUUUUUAGCGUCGACAAUCCCCCUUCGUUGCAGUUAUGGGCUAAAUUGGCCUCGCAUGCCACCUAUUUGCAAGAGCAUUUGUCUAAUUUUUCUGUCAAUCAUGGAGCAGCAGCCCAUAAGUUACUGUAUACAGAGGAAACCGUGCGUGUUUUCAACGAAGCUGGAAUCUUUUUCAAUGUGUCCCAAGAGAAAGUCAAAGCUCUGGAAGUACAGAAACUAAAACUCGAAUUCCUGGUGAACCUAAUGAACUCCACCGAAGACUACAGCGCAAAACUGCCACACUAUUUUAUUGAUAUCCCAUUAAAUGACAGGGACUGCAAGCUAAUAUCCCAUUGCAUGAGGCAACCGGCCUCGGACGGUGAUCUUGAGGAUGAAGCAGAUUCUGUUAAAAAAGAAAGGGAGGAAAAGGUUGACCAACUGAGAGAGCAAGGAAAUAUUGCAGUAAAAAAUGACAAAUAUGAAGAGGCCCUUAAUCUUUAUUCCAGCGCCAUUGAUUUGACUUCCCAUGACCAUCGACUCUUCGCCAAUCGCGCUCUCUGCUAUAUGAAACUUAGCCAGCCACAACAAGCUUUAGAUGACUGUGAAAAGUGCCUCUUAUUAUGUCCCCGUUACAGUAACGCAUUACAACGCAAGGCUUGGGCUCUCCAAAAACUUGUUGAAAAUGGUUCCUUUCACCUUGAAGGACAAAAGAUGGCUGCAUUGGCAGUAGCUAUCCAAAAUGAACCCAGUCUUGGCAACGAGAAAGGGUUUUGGGAAAAGUUUCCACGAGUAAACGAGCCGUUCAGAGUAAUAAAAAAUGAAACGCAGUUGACAUUUGUUUUAAUGACGGCACAAGGUACUCUGCUUCUGAAGGAAGGUGUGUAUAAUUUAAAGCGCUUCAUUAUCUUUAAAGAUUUACAAAUUGUUGGUCUUGGAAAAGAAGUGGUUUUACGUUGUACAGAAUGCUGUCUUAUUUCCUCUGCAAAGUGUUAUUUUGAGAAUAUUGUGUUUCCUAAAGGAAACAUUGGCCUAGUUUCCAAAGGCAAAGAAGCGGCCAUUCAUAUGAAGCACUGUCAAAUUUCAGGGGGUGCAACUAGUUGUGAGGACUAUCCAGAAUGCAAUGGUGGUGAAGGAUGUAUAGCAGCCUCUUUAGGAAAACCUGUUUGCGAUCGCACAGGUAAAUUUGGAGACUCUGAAUCAAAGUCUGGUGUUGGUGGUUUUCCCGGAGUUCAAAUCCACGAAGGGAGCUUUGCUCUCAUAGAAGAAUGUGCAAUUCAUGACUGUGGUGGUGGUGGCGCUCUAGUCAGUGGCAAGGGUUCUCGCAUGGCUGUCCAUAAAUGUGAGGUGUACAAGAACCACCAAGCUGGUCUACAGGCAAGACAAGGCGGAACUCUUUCUGCCUCUCAGAACAAGAUAUUUAGUGGUGGUUUCCAUGGUGUCCUUAUUGGCCCAAAUGCAGGAGAAUGCCUAAUCACUAGGAACAAGAUAUUCGAAAACGCAAAGAGGGAAUCUACGCCUGUAGCAACGAGAAUAAAAUAG